CUAUUUGUUUCUUUUCCACUACUAUUUUUUCUGUUUCAUUCAGGUGUUUCUCUUAAAUUGGAUAUCUAAUUUAUACAUUUGCAUAUACAAAUGGACUAGUCAUUAAUAAGCAUUUGAAAAUUCAUCUUGACCAUCAUCAAUCGUCUACAUGGCUAUUUAAUGCUAUUCAAUGCUAAGAGAAUACUCGUAGUAUUAUGUAUAUCCAAUAUUUUAACAAAGAAAAUGUUGUUGUAUUGUUGUAUUUUCCUGAUGGUCGUCUUAGUUGGUUGGGUGUUUUCCCUCCUACUAUUAGGUUGGGGUUUCGAGUCACCUAGUGUGCGUGAGACACUUCCCUUAUCAGAUCCUAAAAGCAGAUGGCUAAGCAGCCUUAUCAUAAGCAUCUCUUUGGUUUGUGGUGUUUACUUGGUUAGAAGUGCAUGGCUGAGGAAAGAUUUCAUCAAGUUUUCACCUGUAUUUGGGCAGAAGACAGCAGAUCAAGAUACAAUUUCUCAUGAAUGCAAGGAUAAUUGGCGACCCAUGGGCACUGAAGCUUUGCCAAAAGGAAUUGUUUCAGUUUCGUCAAACUUGGAAAUGCAUCCGUUGUGGGGACCUGUUUCUGAGAAUAACAAAUCACAUCAGCCAACAGGUUUGCUGGCCAUGGCAGUUGGGAUAGAUCAAAAGGGAGUAGUAAACCAAAUAGUUAAAAAGUUUCUGGAAAAUGAUUUUGUUGUGAUGCUUUUUCAUUACGAUGGGGUUGUGGAAAAAUGGAAUGAUUUGGAAUGGAGUGACAGGGCCAUUCAUGUCUCUGUUGUAAACCAAACAAAAUGGUGGUUUGCCAAGCGGUUCCUACAUCCGGAUAUUGUUGAUGAUUAUGAGUAUAUAUUUCUGUGGGAUGAGGACCUCAAACUUGACAAUUUUCAUCCAGCAAGGUAUCUAUCUAUAGUCAAGGAAGAAGGUCUCGAAAUAUCCCAGCCUGCCCUUGAUCCUGGUAAAUCUGAGGUGCAUCAUCCGAUUACCGUACGCAGACAGAGGUCAAGGUGUCACAGGAGAUACUAUAAGUUUAAAGGUGGUGGAAGGUGUGAUGAAAACAGUACAGCUCCCCCGUGUGUUGGCUGGGUGGAAUUGAUGGCACCUGUGUUCUCGAGAGCGGCCUGGCGUUGUGUUUGGCAUUUAAUACAAAAUGACUUAAUCCAUGCUUGGGGCCUGGAUAGGCAACUUGGUUAUUGUGCGCAGGGUGAUCGGACUGCUAAAGUUGGUGUGGUUGAUGAGGAGUAUAUUGUUCAUCUCGGUCUCCCUACUCUUGGUGGCUUUUUGGAUAGAAGUAAGGAAAAGGCCGAGUUGGGUGAUCAAUCUUCUCGUUCUAAGAGUUUGUCAGAUUCAGAGUCAUUGGAAGGUGAUAUGUACAAAUUUGAUAACCGGUCUGCAGUGCGGCUACGAUCCUAUAUUGAAAUGGGUUUGUUUAGGGAUAGGUGGAAUAAAGCUGUUAAUGAAGACGAAUGCUGGGUCGACCCGAUAAAACAGCCAGCCUGCACAACAAAAUGUUAGUUUUGUACAGACCUAGAGUAGAAUCAUUUUGUGAACAUGAUUGAACUUUUUCUCCUUGUUUGGUGAGUUGAAAAGAAGUGGUUUUUCCA